AUGAUGCCAAUACAAUAUAUGUGCUGUUAAAUGUUAAUAUAAUAGCUGCCCACUGUGCUGGCAUAUCAAGUACCUGCAAGCCAUUGCGGUUCACAGUAUAUUUAUCAAUAGACUAAUGCAUUUUCCGCUCAUCAUUUGUCUGUAAUAGAGGAGUAAUUUAGUUUGGCUAACGCCACCCACAGUAGACGAAAUGUGCAUGUCGUGGAAGAUGUAAUCCGUCAAAUAGAGCAUGCGCAGCUGCUGGGUUCUGGGAGUGUCUGAGCGGCGCAAUAUUGUAGCAGGCAUGAGAUCAGCACUCGCUACUGUGAAGCCAUGGGCGUUCAAACUGGACAAUGACUUGGACUGACAAGAAGAAUAUAAUGUCAAAUGGACUAGACUGAAAUGCGCCACCGGCUAAGCAGAGUGUCGAAGAAAUGUCAGAUCGAAUCUUUCCCGGCGUUUUGGAUAUAGACGGAAUCACCGCUCUGGGAUAACGGUGCCGGGUAUUAGUGCAUUGUAAUACAGUAGUUUGUUGUGGCCUACUCUGUUGGAAGACUGCUAUUUUUUCCGUUAUGUUGUAGGCAUUGUGUGUAUUCAUUAUUUCCAAGGUGCUGAAUUUAUCCUCGAUGUUGUAGGCCUAGUAUAAUGUGUUGAAUGUUGGCUGCCAAUUCACGCCUUUUCUAGUUUUGAUAAUUUUUGUGUAGUUUCAUGUUUUUCAGUGAUAUACUUGACUUAAUCUGCAUCUUAUAGAUCAUUGUGAUUUUUCUAAAGUGCCAAUACCCAUAUUGAUCAGAUAGUGAUUAUGACUAUUGAUGUAGCAAAAAUUCCCUUUAAUCUCUGAUUUUGGAAGCAUUUAAUGUUUUUGAAGUUGAACUCAUCUGACAACUUAAGUGGACAAUUGUAACAACAUAUGGAACAUAUUUUCAAAUCUGUGUGCCAUUUUGUUCAUGAGGCACAGUAUUUGAAUUGGGAGACUAAUAGGCUACAGCCUGCAGUUUUGCAAAGUCCUACAUAUCCAGCGUGUCAUGAAUUGCUCAUGUUUCUCACCUGCUGUGGGAGUGUUACUUGCUGAGAAACUGCAAUCAGAUUGACAGUUAAAGGGCGAGGCUGUAAGCCAUUUGUGCCAGCCAGGUUCCAGGACUGGGGUCCGUUGUGUGGCAGGAUGCUGAGGACCACAGUGGGGUGUGUGGGGGUGGAGGAGAGAGAUGAGGAGCAGGAGGAUGAAGGUGAAGAGGACUUGCGGGAUGGAGGUGUGCCCUUCUUUGUGAACAGGGGAGGCCUACCGGUGGAUGAGGAGACUUGGGAGCAGAUGUGGAGGCAUGUGGCCCGGAUUCACCCUAAUGGUGAGGCCAUAGGGACACGCAUCAGGGGAGCCAGUGAUCUGCCCAAGAUUCCAACACUGAGUGUGCCUACAUACCAGCCAACCACCAGUAUCCCACAGCGCCUAGAAGCCAUACAGAAAUACAUCAGGGAUUUGCAGUACAAUCACACAGGAACACAGUUUUUUGAAAUCAAGAAGAGCAGGCCUCUUACUGCGUUGAUGGACAUCGCCAAGGAGAUGAUCCGGGAGUCACUACCAAUCAAGUGUCUGGAGGCAGUGAUCCUUGGAAUUUACCUCAGCAACAGCAUGCCGGGUGUGGAGCGCUUCCCCCUCAGCUUUAAGACGCAGUUCUCAGGGAACCACUUUUGCCACAUCGUGCUGGGGGUGCACAGCGGUGGCCGCUUCGGGGCACUGGGUAUCAGCCGGCGGGAGGACCUCAUGUUCAAACCCCUGGAGUUCCGCACGCUGGCUGACCUGGUGCAGGAGUUUGAGGGGGCCUACAGGGGCUACUGGCACACCUUGAGGAAGGUGAAGAUUGGUCAGUAUGUGUCCCAUGACCCCCACAGUGUGGAACAGAUAGACUGGAAACACUCCAUAAUAGACGUGGACAAACUGACCAAGGAGGAGCUGCGGAGAGAGCUGGAGAGACACACCCGGGACAUGAGGCUGAAGAUUGGGAAGGCUGCGCCCCCUUCACCCACCAAAGACAGGAAGAGUAACAUGGGGUCGCCCCUCCGUAACCCAGGCAGCCCCAUGCGCAGGAACAGCCGCAUCGAGAGACGUCCAUCUGGAGAGAAGAAAGUUCUUGAUCCGAAGCCACCUCCAGACAUGAAUGGAUAUCAGAUUCGAGUGUGAGGAGGAUUUCACUUCAUAAAAUCAUCCUGCAAAACAAGAUCUUAGAAUGGUAGGGUUCUGUCUGACAAAAGGUUUGUUCUGGGGAAUGGGGCUUUUGUGUUCAGUUUUCCAAAUAGGUUUGUACUUUGUAAGCAAUUUAUUUUGCAUUCAACAAACGUGUGGUAUACUGUACAGAGCUUGGCCAUGUCAAUAACUGGUUAUUGACUAAAUGUACAGUACUAGUCAAAAGUUUGGUCACCU